CUGUUGCUCACGAAGUUCUCGAAACCUCACUCUCUCUCUCUCUCUCUCUCUCGCUACUGUGGAACAAAAACAAAACAGCAGGAGCUUCAUCUUCUUUAAUGGCGGCGCGAAACGCACUUCUCAAAUACCUGAGAGUUCACGUUUGGUCUGUACCUCAAAACCCUAAUUUUAGCCCAUUGUCUCUGUCAUUGAGUAAUCUGGUGCGACGCCAUUUCUCGGAGGAGGUGAGGGGCUCUUUCCUCGACAAAUCGGAGGUGGCUGAUCGAGUCAUCUCCGUCGUCAAGAACUUCCAGAAGGUUGAUCCUUCUAAGGUUACACCAAAUGCCCAUUUCCAGAAUGAUCUGGGGUUGGAUAGUUUAGACACGGUAGAGAUCGUGAUGGCAUUUGAAGAAGAGUUUGGUUUUGAGAUUCCAGAUAAUGAAGCAGACAAGAUCAGCUCCAUCAACCUUGCUGUUGACUUCAUUGCAUCUCAUCCUCAGGCAAAAUAAGGGGAAAAAGAAUAAAGCUGUCACCACAUUAUUUUCUCUCCUCUUCCUGUGAGACAAUCUCUUUUUGCUCCUUUUGAUAUCAACUCUCUCUCUCUUUGGUGGAAUUCUAGUUUGGCAUGUAUUUAGGGCAUUGGUGGACCUCAUUGCUACUUCUUGCAUAACUGCAGAGUCCAUAUGAUGGAUGCUGCUAGAGUUUAAUGAGCUAUGUUUUAUUUGCAGCCAGUGUUGGUUGCUGAAACAUUUUUUUUUUCCUUUUCUUUUUGGGUAAAAAUUAAGGAUCUCUUAAAUUGAACGGUGUGUGGAAAUAUUGCGUA